GGCCCACGCUCCGCGAGCGGCGGCACCGAAAUAGCACCGAGCCCGCGCCUCCAGACGUGGAGCCCCGACGGGACGGGAGCCGGCACCGAGCAUCCCCCGGGGCGCGACCCGCGGCGGGGGGCUCCCGGCGGGGCCGAACCGCGGCGCCCACCGGGCGUCCGUCCCCCCCCUCCGGUUCCUCUCCGUGCCGGGGCCCGGGGCCGAGCCCCCCGUUCACCGGGGCGGCGCUGCCGCCGGGGCCGGGGCCGCCGUGCCCGUGCCCGCCCCCGGGCGCGCCCGCCUCGGCGGCGCGGGAGGAGGCGGCGCGGAGCAGCGGCGGCGCCCGCACGGGGAUGGCGUCUCCGGGAGCGCUGGAACCGGCGGCCGGCAGCGUGCCCGGCACCAAGGUGGAGCUCACCGUGUCCUGCCGGAACCUGCUGGACAUGGACACCUUCUCCAAAUCUGACCCAGUGGUCGUCCUCUUCGUGCAGGGCGCGGGGAGCAGCGAGUGGAAGGAGUUUGGGCGCACCGAGGUGAUCGACAACACCCUCAACCCCGACUUCGUCCGCAAGUUUGUCCUCGAUUACUACUUCGAGGAGAAGCAAAACCUCCGCUUCGAUGUCUACAACGUGGACUCCAAGAGCUGCUCCAUCUACAAGCAGAAGGACUUCCUGGGGCAGGCGUUCGUGGCGCUGGGGGAGGUGAUCGGGUCCCAGCGGGGCCGCCUGGAGAGAGCCCUCACGGGGGUCCCGGGGAAGCGGUGCGGGACCAUCCUGCUGCUGGCCGAGGAGCUGAGCAACUGCAGGGACAUCGUCACCAUGCAGCUGUGCGCCAACAAGCUGGACAAGAAGGACUUUUUUGGGAAAUCCGACCCUUUCCUCGUCUUCUACCGCAGCAACGAGGACGGCACCUUCACCAUCUGCCACAAGACGGAGGUGGUGAAGAACACGCUCAACCCGGUGUGGCAGCCCUUCACCAUCCCCGUGCGCGCCCUCUGCAACGGGGACUAUGACCGCACGGUGAAGAUCGACGUGUACGACUGGGACCGGGACGGGAGCCACGACUUCAUCGGGGAGUUCGCCACCAGCUACCGGGAGCUGUCCCGAGCACAGAGCCAGUUCACGGUGUAUGAGGUACGGGGGGCACGGCUGGGGGGGCGGUUCCAGGGGUGCUGGGAGCCCCACAGUGGGACCUGCCCGUGCCCACAGGUGCUGAACCCUAGGAAGAAGUGCAAGAAGAAGAAAUACGUCAACUCCGGCACCGUGACUCUGCUCUCCUUCUCCGUCGAGUCCGAGUUCACCUUCGUUGACUACAUCCGAGGCGGGACACAGCUGAAUUUCACCGUCGCCAUCGACUUCACGGCCUCCAACGGGAUGCCGUCGCAGCCCACCUCGCUGCACUACGCCAGCCCCUACCAGCUCAGCGCCUACGCCCUGGCGCUCAAGGCCGUCGGGGAGAUCAUCCAGGACUACGACAGCGACAAGCUCUUCCCCGCCUACGGCUUCGGGGCCAAGCUGCCGCCCGAUGGAAAGAUCUCCCACCAGUUCCCCCUGAACAACAACGAGGACAACCCCAGCUGCAACGGCAUCGAGGGCGUGCUCGAGUCCUACCUGCAGAGCCUGCGCACCGUGCAGCUCUACGGGCCCACCAACUUCGCCCCCGUCAUCAACCAGGUGGCCGGGACGGCCGCCCAGGUGACGGACGGCUCCCAGUACCACGUCCUCCUCAUCAUCACCGACGGCGUCAUCUCCGACAUGCUGCAGACCAAGGAGGCCAUCGUCACCGCUUCAGCACUGCCCAUGUCCAUCAUCAUCGUGGGAGUGGGGCCGGCUGAAUUCGACGCCAUGGAGGAGCUGGACGGCGACGAGGUGCGGGUGUCCUCGCGGGGACGCUACGCUGAGAGGGACAUCGUGCAGUUCGUGCCGUUCCGGGACUACGUGGACGACUCGGGCAACCAGGUGCUGAGCAUGGCGCGCCUGGCCAAGGACGUGCUGGCCGAGAUCCCCGAGCAGCUCCUGUCCUACAUGAAGACCCGCGACAUCAAACCGCGCCGCACCGACCCCCAGUAGCCCCCUGCACCGGGGGGUCGGUGGGCACCGGGGGAGGGGGGGGGGUCCCGGUGUGGGGCUGCCUGGCUCCGCGGGGACCCCGCAGCUCCCGGUGGGGUGGCGGCGGGGCUGUCCCGGCGGUACCGGCUGUAAAUAAAGCGCUGCAACCGGC